AUGCACGUGGAUACGAGUUGCACACUCGAGUCCCGAGCAAACGACUUGUCAAGUAACCUUAGCAAUGUGAUCCAACGGCUGCAAACGCAGAUGAGACAAAUGUCAUCGUCCACCGCCGAGUCUAGUGAAAUAUACAAGCAGUCGAUACAGAAGCUCUCUGAGGAAGUCAACGACUGCACAGGAAAAACAGUGGAAUUGAUUACACAGUGUGAUGAACUUGAUAAGGAUUUAGCCCAACUGCAUACGCUUUCAAAGCAAAUUAAAUCCAUCGACAAGGCCUUGGAUCAAUUGCAGAGAGCGAUUUGA